AUUCCAGCCUCUCGGCUUUCUGCAACCCUACCCAUCCGCAUUCGAGCAACUCAACCCGCAGAAAAGCUAUGCGGCUGGUCGUACAGCCCUGAUAUAGCUGACCCUGUCACCACGCUCGCUUCAAAUUCUCGCAUUGUUUCGGGUUGUCGUCGCCUGCCGUCUCGUUAUCAUAUCCCCGCAGCGGUUCUCGCAGCGAAAAGUGCGACCAGCUGCUUCUCUCGACCGACAGCCGACAGACAAAUAGUGGCACCGCCAGGAUGGCCUACGUUGUGCCAAUCCAUCGGGCAAGCAGCAUACGACAUGCACUGACGCUGCAUUUUAUGAAACCGGAGGAGGACUCUCUGGUUGUUGCGAAGGCAAAUCGACUCGAGUUUUACAAUCUCACUCCAGAUGGGCUGAGCCUCGCCGCGUCGUGCUCCCUCUUCGCCAGAGUCACGAUGCUGGCUCGACUUCCGGCUCCCGCGGACUCGUCUACCGAUCACCUCGUUGUCGGCACGGACCGCUACACAUACUGCACAUUAUCGUGGGAUAGUACAAGGAAUCAAGUGCGCACGGAGAGGAACUAUGUGGAUGUCUCUGACCCGUCUUCACGGGAGGCCCAAACGGGCAGUCGUUGCUUGAUUGAUCCGAGUGGCCGCUUCAUGACGCUCGAAGUCUACGAGGGCGUCAUUGCCGUGGUUCCCAUCGUGCAGUUGCCCGCUAAAAAGAGAGGGAGACAGGUCGCCCUGCCUACAGGACCAGACGUACCCCGUAUCGGCGAGCUCGGCGAGCCAACAACGACUAGGAUUGACGAGCUCUUCGUGCGCUCCUCGGCAUUCCUACAUGUUCAAUCAGGACUGCCCCGGAUAGCGCUUCUCUACGAGGAUAACCAGAAGAAGGUGAGACUCAAGGUUCGGGAGUUGCACUAUAGCGCGGGUACCGCAAGCACGAGCGCGGAUGCGUCGUUCGAGGAACUACUAGACGGCUUUUCCGAAGAACUCGAUCUCGGAGCGUCUCAUCUCCUACCUGUUCCUGCUCCUUUGGGCGGUCUCCUUGUUCUGGGCGAGACGUCCAUCAAGUAUGUCGACACGGACAGCAAUGAGAUCGUAUCUCGCCCACUAGACGAGGCUACUGUGUUUGUAGCUUGGGAGCGUGUGGAUAGUCAACGCUGGCUGCUGGCUGAUGAUUAUGGAAGAUUGUUUCUUCUGAUGUUGGUUCUAGAUUCCGAGAAUCAGGUUCAGUCCUGGAAGUUGGAUCAUUUGGGAAGCACAUCACGAGCAUCUGUACUUGUCUAUCUUGGAGCCGGAGUCAUUUUCGUCGGCUCCCAUCAAGGUGACUCUCAAGUACUUCGAAUUGGAAAUGGUUCGUUCGAGGUUAUCCAGACCCUGUCCAACGUUGCCCCGAUUCUCGACUUCACGAUAAUGGACCUAGGGAACCGCACCAACGAGAGCCAAACGCACGAGUUCUCCUCAGGACAAGCCCGCAUUGUCACUGGCUCAGGCGCCUUUGACGACGGGACUCUGAGAAGCGUGCGCAGUGGCGUCGGCAUGGAGGAAUUGGGUGUUCUGGGUGAGAUGGAGCAUAUCACCGAUCUGUGGGGGCUGCGAGUAGGCGCUCAAGGUGGCUUUCUUGACACCCUCGUUGUAACCUUCGUGGACGAAACACGAGUUUUCCAGUUUAGCGCGGAUGGGGAGGUAGAGGAGCUGGACAGCUUCCUUGGAUUGAGUCUCUCGGAGAACACGCUUCUUGCCGCUAAUCUCCCUGAUGGACGGAUUUUACAAGUCACCGAGCAGAGAGUCUUGAUUGCGGAUCUCGAAAGCGGCAUGGUCACAUACGAGUGGACACCAUCUGAUCAACUGGCAAUCACUGCUGCUUCAGCGAACGAUGAAUGCAUGGUCCUCGUCGUUGGCGGUGAGCUUGUGACCGUCCUAGCUCUCAAGAACGAGCCGCAGGUGGUGACCCAGAAGGAUUUCGGUGCUGACAGUCAGAUCUCUGGUGUUACGCUUCCAUCUUCUCCCACGGAUGUCUGUAUCGCUGCCUUCCCUCAGUUGGCCAAGGUGUCGGUGUUGAAGCUACAAGACUUGACUGACCUCCACACAUUAUCACUGGGUCUGGCAGGCGAGGCUUUUCCUCGCUCUGUUCUUGUAGCGGAUGUUCUUGUGGACAGUCCAUCGACACUGUUUAUAUCGAUGGCGGAUGGCAGUGUCAUUACAUAUUCAUUUGAUGCGAAAGACAACUCUUUGUCAAGCAUGAAUAAACUCAUUCUUGGGUCUGAGCAACCGACUUUCAAGAGUCUCCCAAGGGGGGAUGGGCUCUACAAUGUUUUCGCAACUUGCGAAAACCCUAGCCUCAUAUAUGGUUCGGAGGGGCGCAUUAUCUACUCCGCUGUGAAUUCCGAGGGCGCAUCUCGCAUAUGUCACUUCAACUCUGAGGCAUAUCCCCAAGCUAUCGCUGUUGCCACACCCCACGAUCUCAAGAUAGCUUUGGUGGAUACGGAGAGGACAACGCAGAUCCAGACCCUUCCAGUGGGCGCGACUGCUCGUAGAGUUGCGUAUUCCCCAUCGGAGAAGGCUUUUGGCAUCGGCACCAUUGAACGCAAGUUAAAGGAUGGCGAGGAGCAGGUUCAGAGCCGCUUUGUACUUGCGGAUGAGAUCCUGUUCCGACGCCUAGAUUCGUUUGACUUCCAACCCGAGGAAUUGGUAGAAAGCGUCGCCCGUGCCGAAUUCUCAGUAGGUAAGGAUGAAAACGGCCGGGAGAUUACCAAGGACCGCUUCAUUGUCGGAACGGCGUACCUGGACGAUGAGGGAGAAGAGUCGAUUCGAGGCCGAAUCUUGGUGUUCGAGAUUGACAAUGGUCGCAAACUGACCAAAGUUGCCGAGCUACCUGUCAAGGGUGCCUGCCGUGCCUUGGCUAUGUUGGGCGAGAAGAUCGUAGCGGCUCUUGUUAAGACUGUUGUGGUCUAUAAGGUGGUCCAUAAUAGCUUCGGAGCGACGAAACUGGAGAAAUUAGCCAGCUAUAGGACUUCGACUGCACCCGUGGAUCUAACGGUGACAGGCAACAUCAUCGCUGUCGCGGAUCUCAUGAAGAGCGUUUGCUUGGUAGAAUGGAAGGAAGGUGAAGAUGGUCUUCCUGAUACUCUAACAGAGGUAGCGCGCCACUUCCAGACCGUCUGGGCCACCGGAGUUGCCUGUAUCGCAGAGGACACGUUCCUGGAGAGUGACGCUGAGGGCAACCUGAUUGUGCUCCGUCGCAAUUUGACGGGAGUUGAAGAGGACGAUAAGCGCAGAUUAGAGGUGACUGGCGAGAUCUCGCUAGGCGAGAUGGUGAAUCGGAUCCGACCCGUCAAUAUCCAGCAAUUGGCGAGCGUAACUGUCACCCCCCGGGCAUUUUUGGGCACGGUUGAGGGUUCAAUUUACCUUUUCGCUGUGAUCAAUCCGGAACAUCAGGACUUCCUGAUGCGCUUACAAGCUACAAUGGCAGGGAAAGUGGAGUCUCUGGGGAACAUCCCUUUCAAUGAGUUUCGCGGGUUCCGCAGCAUGGUGCGCGAAGCCAAAGAACCGUAUCGCUUUGUGGAUGGUGAAUUGAUCGAACGGUUUUUGACUUGCGAACCGAGUGUACAGGAGGAGAUUGUCAAGGCCGUGGGGCUGAUGAGUGUUGACGAAGUCAAGGUCAUGAUUGAAGCCUUACGGCGACUGCAUUAAAGUUUGGGAAAUUGAGAUGACAUCUGAUCACGGCCAUACCUCCCGAACUCCGACAUCAACAGCAUCUGUGACUCAGGACAACUUUGUUUCUGCUGCUAUUCAGUAUAUACGUCACUGAGUCAACUUCAAAUAACAAAGGUCGUCGGUCGCCAUACACCCCCCAUCAAUCUGUCGUACCAUGCCAGUCAUACAUCGUGAGCAUUGCCCGACGACCACUUGCAAUGGCUGUGUCGUCAUCAGAAACAGGAACAAACAAGUAGACGCGUGUAGCGUGCAGAAUUAUGGGGCCCCAUCCAUGAGUAUGUUUUUAGUAAAAGC